AUGAGUGGCCGCCCUGUCGUGGGCCAGGCGCUCGCGGCGGCGCCGCGGCCUCGCAGUGUCGCGUCGCCGGUGCCGCCGAGCCGCGCGGCCGCGCCGGUACGGGCGACCCUCCUGCCGCGCGCGACGCCGCCGCCCACGAGCGAGCGCAACCUGGCGCUGCAGCGCCUGUACGCGCAGCACCGCCCGCUCCUUGAGCACGAGCAGCUCCCGGCGCGUCCCCAGCGUAUCGUGCAUGGCGACACGGUCGUGAUCGACCCCGAGGACUUUGCGGUGCCGGCCCCCAACAUCUGGCGGCGCCGCGCGCGCCCCGUGGAUGCAGCGACGUUUGCGCACCUGAUCGAUGACCUAUCGCAGCUGCGCGUGUCGUCGCGCCGCGUGCCCCGAGCGCGCCGCCGCAGUUCGCGCGGCUUUGCGCCGUCGUCGCCGGCCGUGCAGGCGGCGUCGGCGCGCAUCGCACGGCUGGAGCGCGAGGCGGAUACCCGCGAGCAGGUCGUCGCGAAUGCGCGCGAGCAUGGCGACGACGUCGAGCGCGCCGAGCGCCUCGGCGCCGAGGCCGAGCUUGUUGUGCUUGGCGAGCCGCUUGGCGCGCACAAGUCGUGGGCGCCGGGCGUCGCGACGGCGCUUGGCACGGCGCAGCCCUUUGUGCCGCCGAGUGCGCUGCGCGGCGUGCCGCCGCUGCCGGUGCGCAGCGUCGACGACGUGGAUGUGUCUGAGCAGGACGCGCACCUGUGGCUCACGCAGGGACUCGUCCAAACGCGCGUUCGCGCGGAGCAUGCGUGGCGCACUGCGAUGGAGCGCCUCACCGACGGCCAGCCGGCCGUGUCGCUGGACAGCGUGCGCCGCAAGCGCAGGAAAAAGAUGAACAAGCACAAGUACAAGAAGCUGCGCAAGCGCCAGCGCGCGGAGCGCCAGCGUCUGAACAAGUAG